AAUCUCCGCGAGCCAUGAAGUGUGCUAGCUGAGGAAUGCUUUACAGCAACUUCCGGGAAUUACUGCGCGCCGGUGCAUUGCAUACAGCACUAGUGUCUUCAUUCCAUGUGACGUAUCAUCCUCUUGACUCGAAGCUCAAUAUAUCACGUGAUUAUGGCUAACGAUGGCUUCAGUGUUGCGAAGUUGUGUACACCCGCGGUCAAUUGCCAGAUUGUAGAUGUGAAACCAGUGAAUAACAAUCUAGCAAAUGUCUGAUGCGAUUCUGCUCAAUGACAUCCAACCAGUUGCUCGUGGAUCCUUUCAAGACCAAGUGUACAGCGAAGCCACAACUGAAGGGCAAACUCGUGUCGGAGCGAGUAAAGUUGGACUUUUUGCAGUGUACAGGUACACAACCAACCGUGAGAGAUGGCAAUUAAUUAUAUGCAUGAGCUGUGCGUUGGUAGCUGGUACAGCAUUGCCUUUGGUGACGCUUGUAUUCGGAUCUUUGAUGGAUCACUUCAUGAAUGCCAACUCGGACGAGGAGGUAGAAACUCAUGGGAUCCAAAAUUCUGUCAGGCACCUCUCACUAUGUUUGGUGUAUAUCGCUAUCGGAUCUCUCGUAUCGACUAUGGUCAGUACCUGGGGCUUCAAUCGUCUAGGAGAAAGGAUCACCACACGACUACAGCAAGAGUAUCUCGCCGCUGUUUUACAACAGGAUCUGGGCUACUUUCAGAUCGUUGGAGUGGGAGAGUUGACAUCAGGGAUUGACAAGGAUAUGAAAUUAAUCCAGGAGGGUAUAUCGCAAAAGAUGAGCAUGCUCAUCUCUGGCAUAUCUGGCUUCAUCGCAGCGAUCAUCAUUUCGUUCAGGAAGAAUCCUCGCUUUGCUGGCAUUAUGCUCUCUCAACCUCUGGCUUUGAUGCUUGUAGUAGGCGGACUGGGAUCAUGGUUGAGUCAGAUUCAACGGGAGGGACAAGUCCACUGGGUGAAGGCAGACAAUCUCGCACAAGACGUGCUUGGUGCUAUUAGAAAUGUUCUUUCGUACCGAAGCCAGGAGCGAUUUGCAGAUAAGUAUCAGAACGCUAUUCGGCAGCCCAUUCAGCUCGAGCUUCGCGAACGGAUGAUCUUUGGCAUCAUGGUCGCGGGGUCCUUCACUGUCCUGCAUUGGGCUAAUGGGCUAGGUUUUUGGCAGGCAGAUCACCUUGUCCAUCAAGGGAAAUGUACCAUCGCGGAAGCGUUGACUAUCCAGUAUGCUACCACGGUAGCAGGGGGGAUGCUCAGUCAAGCUCUUCCUUUCCUACCAGCCAUGUUUCAAGCUCAUGGCGCAGCCACUCGAGUCUGUCCAGUCAUAAACCGUACGCUUCUUAUGAAUCCAUCGUCGAUUGCAAGCCGCAUUAUCGACCCCUUCCAGGGUCGCAUUGAGUUUCGGGAUGUGAGAUUCGCAUAUCCUUCCAGACCGGAUCAGCUGGUACUCAAUGGCUUGACUUUUACCGUGUCUGCAAGCCAGACUGUAGCUUUUGUUGGUUCUUCUGGAUCUGGAAAGUCAACGAUAUUCUCUCUUCUCGAGCGCUUGUAUCUGCCAUCUAGCGGAGGUAUCACGCUGGAUCAUGAACCAAUCGAGAAGCUCGAUGUUUCCUGGUUACGGGUCAAGAUAGGAUACGUCGAUCAGGACGUGGCUCUUUUCCAAGCCUCCAUUCAUGACAACAUUGCGUACGGUCUCCACGCCUCUUUCAAACAGCACAUGACACGAGAAGCAAUUAGACAGCGGGUCAUUCAAGCUGCAGAGAUUGCUCGAGUCGAUGCCUUCAUCUCAGCCUUGCCUGAUGGCUACGACACAGUCUUAGGCGCGGGCGGGUCUGGGCUAUCUGGUGGUCAAAGACAAAGGAUUGCUAUCGCUCGAGCAGUUGUGUCACAGCCCCCAAUCCUGCUUCUGGAUGAGGCUACCGCUGCUCUGGAUAGCAAGAGUGAGAAAGAGGUCCAGAAGGCAUUAGAUGCAGCAAUGAAAGGGAGAACUACAAUCGUUAUAGCGCAUCGACUGUCUACAAUUCAGCGUGCCGAUAAGAUUAUGGUCAUGCACAACGGGCAGAUUGUAAAUCAAGGCUCGCAUGCAGAGCUCAUGCUUCAAUCCGAGCUUUAUCAGGCAUUGGUGAGACAACAGGAGUUGAAGUCACACAAUGUGGUUCAAGAAGAAUCACAUACUGGAGUAUAUCCACUUCCAUCAGAUACGCCUAUUGAAGACUUGAAAUAUGCUGCAAGCCCUCUCACGCUCAACCAUAAAUCAAGUACAGCAGCUGCCACCAUCCCCGCUUCUCCACACAGUAUCGAAUUUGUCUGGAGCCUCAAUAAGCCAGAGCUGCAUUAUACAGUAGCUGGGGUUGUUCUUAGUGUUUUUGCGGGUGUGAGCUACCCCCUUCAUGCGAUUUUCUUUGGAAACGGAAUUGUCUCCAUUGCUGACCCAGAGCUAAGUACUGGUGGCCACCCUGCCCGGUUCUGGGCUCUCAUGUACCUUGUCUAUGGCGCACUGAUCUUUGGUGUAUACUGCACCAGGGGAUACUGCUUCGCAGUGUCCGCAUCCAUGCUCCAUCUGCGAGCCCGCGCUUCGGUUUUCAAGUCUCUGCUCUUGAAGGGUCUCCCUUUCUUCGAUGAAAAAGCGCAUUCAACCGCAUCUCUCAUGGAAUUUAUUUCCUCUGACGCGCAGAAGAUCAUUGGUGUUUCAGGAACAUCUCUUGGGUUAACGACCGAAAGCUUGUUUAUGCUUGUUACGGGGAUCAUUGUGGGAUGUGUGUUCGGUUGGAAGCUGGGACUGGCUUCCACAGCGACGGUGCCAUUCAUGGCUGCAUCUGGUUUCCUGCAGUAUUUUAUUGUUAUGCAGGUACAGAAGUACAUCAGGCGAAAUUCCCAUGCCAUUGCGAUUGCAUACGAAGCUUUUGCCACAAUUCGAACUGUGAUUGUUUUUGGACUGCAGAGCACCAUCAGCGAGGCAUUCGCAACACAAAGUCAGGAGGAGAUUCGAGAGCGAUACUGGAUCUUAUCCGGCCUGGUCUAUGCUUGUGGGACGUCCUUCCGCGUGCUGAGCAUUGCUUUCAUUUUCUGGUACGGUGGAGCGCAUCUCGUUGCAACUGGAGAAUACUCAAUUCAGCAGUUCUAUAUCUGCUUCGCGGCCAUUGUUUGGGGGUCUCAGUCGGCGUCGACUCUUUUUGCGCAUGCUCCAGAUAUUGCAGGAGCGCAGAUAGCGGCUGAACGACUGCGAGAUCUUAUGCUUGAGCCAACGUUUCGUCCGCCAGAAGGUGCCGUAAUAGCCCCGAGCACUGUCGAAGACGUCGCUCUAGAGCACGUCCAUUUCAGGUAUCCAUCCCGCCCAUCUGCACCGUGGACUCUGGAUAAUAUUAAUCUCAAUGCGCGUGCCGGACACUUCAUCGGUUUGGUCGGGGCAACGGGAAGUGGCAAAAGCUCCGUGGUCAACCUGCUCGAACGCUUCUAUUCUUCUGAUCUUGGAGUUAUAACGCUUGCUGGAAUGCCGAUUACGAACUACGAUCUCGAGACUUACUACAGAUACUUUGCCCUUGUUGACCAGAACCCGUGUCUAGUCGGGGAUGAUCUAAGGGAGGCGCUUCAAGGCGAUGACAGAGUGAUAUCUGAUGGAGAGAUCAUGGCUGUUCUGGAAAGUGUAGGACUUGGGGAUUUGAUUUUAUCCCUUCCUCAUGGCCUUAGCACAGCAAUAGUAGCAAACGGAGCCAACCUGUCGGGUGGUCAACGUCAACGGAUAGCUAUUGCCAAAGCACUUCUCUGGAAACCCAAGAUUCUCCUCCUCGACGAAGCGACCUCGGCGUUGGACACGUUUUCUGAGCAUAACGUACAACAGGCGCUACGCAAGGCGAUGGACGGUCGGACAACGAUCGCCGUGGCUCACCGAUUAAAGACGAUCAUGCACGCAGACGAGAUUAUGGUGUUUGAUGGGGGACGCAUCAUCGAGCGGGGAACUCAUAUGAGUCUGAUGGAGAUGCGAGGGAAAUACUGGGAGAUGGUGCAUUUGCAGGAGUUGGAGGGCUGA